UUGCCCAGCUCUACAAGCCCGCGCGCGGCUCUUGCUGCUGCUACUGCCGCCGCUGCUGCUCUUCCCGCUCGAGGCGUCUCCCUUCCUCUCCCCCCCCCCCUUCCCAAGCGAGGCAGCCCUGGCUCUCGGGGGCGCCCCUCUGUGCCUGGGCUCCGGGCUGGAAGCCGUGGCCUCGGCGGGCAUGAAAUGUGCGCUCCUGGGGCUGGCCAAGUCUCCCAGCAAGAGAGGAGGCGCCACAGCCACAGCCACAGCCGGGGAAUGGCCCCGGAGUGAGGAGGAGGGCGACGACGAGGAGGGAGCCGAGGAAGAACGGGCAGCCGGAGCCGGGCAGGCUGCCUUCGCCUCGGCCUCCGCCCGCAGCCCCGCACGCGGCUUGCCCGGCAUGUUGCGGAAGGUGGAAAGACAUGACAUGAACACUCUCAGCUUGCCUCUUACUAUUCGUCGGGGAGGUUCGGACACUAAUCUCAACUUUGACGUUCCUGAUGGCGUGUUUGAAUUUCACAAAGUAAAACUGAGUGCAGACAGUUUGAAGCAAAAGAUCCUGAAAGUGACAGAACAGAUCAAAAUAGAGCAAUCGGCCCGAGAUGGGAAUGUGGCUGAAUACUUGAAGUUAGUGAACAGUGCAGAUAAACAGCAAGCAGGGCGAAUCAAGCAAGUCUUUGAAAAGAAGAACCAAAAGUCUGCCCAUUCUAUAGCCCAGUUGCAGAAGAAACUAGAACAGUAUCACAGAAAGCUAAAGGAAAUAGAACAAAAUGGUUCUUCUAAAACUACCAAGGAUACUUCCAAGGACAGUCUGAAGGACAUUCAACACACUUUAAAAGAUGCCCACGGAAAGCCUCGUACUGCCGGCCAUGGCAACGAGAGCAGCAAAACGGGUGUUCCAGGUGUCUCCUUGACACCACCAGUGUUUGUCUUCAGCAAAUCCAGGGAGUUUGCAAACCUGAUCCGGAAUAAAUUUGGUAGUGCUGACAACAUUGCUCACCUGAAAAGCAGCCUAGAUGACUUCAGGCCUGAAACUACUUCAAGGGCUUAUGGUGGCAGUGCCACCAUAGUGAACAAGCCAAAGUACACCAGCGAUGAUGAGUGCUCAAGUGGAACAUCUGCCUCUGCAGACAGUAAUGGAAACCAAUCCUUUGGCCACAGUGCAACAAAUACUCUGGACAGCCAUGGAAAGCUUUCUAUGCUCUUAGAAGAACUGCGGGAGAUAAAGGAAACACAAUCCCAAUUAGCAGAAGACAUUGAAAGUUUAAAAGUACAGUUCAAAAGAGACUAUGGCUUCAUUUCUCAAACGUUACAAGAGGAACGAUACAGGUAUGAGCGAUUAGAAGACCAGCUGAAUGAUUUAACAGACCUUCAUCAGCACGAGACAGCCAACUUGAAACAAGAAUUAGCGAGUAUCGAAGAAAAAGUUGCGUAUCAAGCCUAUGAACGCUCACGAGAUGUUCAGGAAGCACUUGAAUCUUGCCAGACGCGGGUUUCUAAGCUGGAGCUCCAUCAGCAGGAACAGCAGGCCCUGCAGUCAGAGACUGUGAAUGCCAAAGUCCUGCUGGGGAAAUGCAUCAAUGUAGUCUUGGCUUUCAUGACUGUCAUCCUGGUGUGCGUCUCCACCAUAGCAAAAUUUAUCUCUCCUAUGAUGAGGAGCCGUUUUCACAUCAUGGGCACUUUUUUUGCUGUAACUCUUCUUGCGAUUUUAUGCAAGAACUGGGAUCAUAUUGUCUGUGCCAUUGAAAAGAUGAUCAUACCAAGAUGAAUCUGCAACUCCAGAACAUUCGUUUUGAAAGACGAAGAAAUACUUCUGAACACACUACCAAAUCUUCAAUUUUGCAUUUUCACUUCACAGAACUAAAUUAAGAUUAUUUUUUGGUAUAGAUAUGAUUAUUCCUGUCGAUUCCUAUUAUAUGGAAUGAAGUGAAACUGUCAUGAACUCAAGCUGUCAAUCUUUUUUGCCUUAAUCCAGUGAACUUUCCUACACUAUGGAUCUCCAAUUGGUCAAGUAUUGAAUACAUAAUACUAACUAGACUUGGGUUUAGGAGAGGUAUCACAGAAAUCAAUGACUAACAGUGAUCCUAGCUGAGAUACUAAGUUUCAAUAAAGGAUUAUAUCAUCCGACCUUUAAAAAAUAACUAGUCUUUCCUUAUGAACUAUAUGCAAACAAUAAGCUGCGAUGUGCCCAUUUUAGGCAAUGCAAACUGCAUUUCCUGUGUUUUCUAAUGACCAACAUUCUUAAGUUAGAAACUGUGAAUAACUCUACUGGAAUCGGCCCAAGAAUUGGCCCAAGAGCCAAUAGUAUACUUAACCCUUUCUAGAUUUUCCCCCCUUCCGAAUUAGUGAAUGGAUUCAAAUCUGAUUUUGUCAAAAUCAGAUUUGUUACAUUAUUACUUUAAUAAACACACACACACACAUAUAACUGGCAGUCCUGUUGAAUAAAUUCGUAUCUGCCUAGCAUAUAGUUUUCCCUAAAGAUACACACAUAGGAAUUCCCCCUUUUUUCCCCAGAGGCAAAAACACAUAGGAAAAGCUCUUCAUGUUCCUUGAGAAACUAUAGAUAUAUUAAUUGGAAGGAUAAUGUUCUAAAACAGGCACUGGCAAACUUGGGCCCUCCAGGUGUUUUGGACUUCAGCUCCCACCAUUCCUAACAGCUGGUAGGCUGUUAGGAAUGGUGGGAGUUGAAGUCCAAAACACCUGGAGGGCCCAAGUUUGUCAAUGCCUGACCUAAAAGCACUAUGAGCCAAUAGCACACUAGGAAGAACAAACUGAAAUGAACAGAAUACAUUUUUUUGUCUUCUGUUCUUAUUUUUUCAUGUUCAUUCUGAACUCUCAACUUUGAGAGUUCAACAUUUUUGUCCUUUGCUUGAAUUCCUUUUAUUCGGUAUAUUCACUUCAUCUUCUCUUGAUCUUUCCCAUCUGUCCACCUCUGUGAGACUGUCUAGUGCUGCUCUCUUGCCAAGGUCUAGCUGUAGCAGGACAGUAUUCUAAAAUUAGUGUGUUUCAGCACACAGUAACACCGCGAUCACUGUGAAGUUUACACAGAAAUAAAACUUCAUGUAAGGAAAGAAAAUCCUUGUAUGAAGUAGUUGAAUAAAUUAAGUAAGGAAUUUAAAAACUGGGAAACACAGUAGGUGUUUAAGGGUUUGUUUAUAAAAGGUGAAAGGAAUCUACUUAUUUAUUUUUCAAUGCUCGUUGCAUAAAUAUAUCAUAGCACCUUUCCUUAUAUAUUAACUGGCUUAAAUUAAUGAAUCAAUGUAUUGUUGCACAUUUGCUGUUUAUUACAGUGGGAUGUAUAUUGGAGAAAUUCUGGUGAGUUGCACUUGUAGGGCACUUUCAGUUCAGGCUCCUCCUUGUUGUCUAUGAAUGCAACAUGCAGAAGACUAUGAGUGUUUCUCAACCUGUGGGUCCCCAGAUGUUUUGGCCUUCAACUCCCAGAAAUCUUAACAGCUGGUAAACUGGCGGGGAUUUCUGGAAGUUGUAGGCCAAAACACCUGGGGACCCACAAGUUGAGAACCACUUGAGUAUACUAUUACUGACUCACUAUAGGAAAAACCUAUAUACUUUGCAAGGAAUAGAGUAAAAUUUGGUUAGUUGUCUGAGGAUACUUCAGGUGGAAGGUGUCUGGUAACACCAGUCAAAAGACAUGGUAAAUCUAUUCCCAGGAUUUGGGUGGAAGAGAAAUACCUUAUUUUGAUGACAAUUCUCACAAUAACCAAAAAAGGUAAUUUUUUCCAGGCUCUGGUUCUUCCUUAUGUUUUUUUCCAGGUAAGAAAAACAAUAACCACUUCAUCACACUAGAGAAUUAAUACACUUUAAACCCAGUUUCUGCUUCCAGCAGAAUUCUGGGUUUUGUAGUUUAGUGAGACUGUUAAAGGCUCCUCCCUAAACUACAAACCCCAGAAUUCUGCAGGAGGGAGAAACCGGAUUUAAAGUGGAUUCAUUCUCUAGUGUGGUGAGGUCUUAAGAGUGACUUUGGCACAACAUGGCAGGGUUAUACAAUAGAUAAUGACAGUAUACAACAACCACUUCUAGAAGUCUGUACUUGAAGCAGGGUGGCUGUAGGAUAAAGCCAUGGCUAGAAUCAUUUUGACUAGUAGGAAAGUAUCAGAGUCUUGUAAGGCUGAUGUUCUGAUGCAAGCUUAGCACAAGGCUGUGCAAUCCUCCUGAGGAAAGCUUGGAAUUGGAAAGCCCCUUGAGGCCUGACCUAAUUUCAGGAGUUGCCAUUUAUAUAUAAUAGGAACAUUGUUGGUGAUGUAAAUAGUGGUAAAGUGUUGCACUUUAAAAUGGAUUGAAACAGUAUGUGCAAUUUUGAAAGAGCAGAGUUAGUCUUGUUUGUUGAAAAAUAAAUAAAACUAGACUAUAUUAAGCAUUCUCAGCUAUUUCAGUAAUCCAGUGAAGAAAGUGGAGCCAACUGGCAUAUGUUUUACAACCUUCUAAAGUUAGCUGUUCAUUUAACUUGGCCGAACUUUUCCAGAUAGGUUGCACCAAUCUAUCAUUCCCUUAAUUGUCUUAAUUGAUUGAAUAUUUUGCACCAGAAGCCAAUAACUUUUUAAGAUUUUGGGUGUGUUUCUGAUUCUACAUUUAAGUCUUCUAAAGUUAUCAAGUUUAUUUCUUGUUUCCUUUGGCAAUUUUUGCACAUUAUAUUGGGUGUUUAGCUCCUAUAAGUCCUCUUAAUAAUUUAAAUACAUUAUUUCAACAAUAAAUUGUUCUCAAAGCGAUGAAUUGUUUUCAGAGUGCCACUGCUUGAGCAUUAAUGCAUCACUGCAAGGGAAUGUGAAUAGUUGUUUGAGAACUGUUGUGUUUAAGAAACUCCUGUCUCCAGCUUGUGCUCAGUUCUGAACUCAGACAUCCUUUCCUUUCAGAGGAUUUCCCUUGUUUUGGUUCCAAGGCCUUGUGACGCAGUCUUGGGACAUCUUGCUUUUCCUUUGAUUAAGCAGUGUUUCCCCAUUUUUAUUUACGCGAAUGCUCUUAACACUCACGAUAGGGAUGUUCCAGACACUCAGCCAGCAACUAUGCUCCAGAUUCAGAAGUCUUUCCCUCUGUUUGCAUAAGCCACUUUGCUCUUUUACAAACUACUUUUCUGUCACUGAAGAUCCUGUCAUAAAAUAUGUAAUUUGGAUUCUAACCUAACUUUUUUAAAGGGAAGAAAUUCUAUCACAUACAGUACUAAUAUAUUUUCUUAAUGUAUCAUGCAAGUAUUAAAGGUAGUUGCUUUUUAAAUCUCUUCUAUUUCACAUGAAUUCAGGUUGGCUUUCUUAAAACAAAGUAUUUUGGGGGAGGCAGAAGGAAAGUUGCAGAAAAUGUGGAAUCUACUUUUUGUGGUUUUGGAAGGGAUACCCCCCCCCCCCCCACACACACACAUUUAUAUUGUUGUCUAUUUCUGACUAAUGCUGUGAUUCAGUCCUUUGCAUGCUCUUAUUAUACCACCAUUUAUUUUAGUGGGGCUUAGCAGUGGUUCCCAACCUGUGGAUCCCCAGAUGUUUUGGCCUUCCAACUCCCAGAAAUCCUAAAAGCUGAUAAACUGGCUGGGAGUUCUGGGGGUUAUAGGCCAUAACUGUUAGGCCCAGCUUCUGCCAACCUAGCAGUUCGAAAACAUGCAAUUGGGAGUAGAUCAGUAGGAGUAGAAUAGGACAGUAGAAUAGGUACCGCUCUGGCGAGAAGGUAACAGUGCUCCUUGCAGUCAUGCUGACCACCUGACCUUGGAAGUGUCUAUGGACAAUGCCGGCUCUUUGGCUUAGAAAUGGAGAUGAGCACCAACCCCCAGGGUCGGACACGACUGAACUUAAUGUCAUGGAAAAACCUUUACCUUUACCUAUAGGCCAAAACACCUGACCCACAGGUUGAGAAUCAUUGGCUUAGGCUGUGAUCUUGCACAGGAAUUUGAAAAAUCAAUAGAUUGUGUGACAGUGCUUGAAGUUGCACAACACAUGCUCUCCAGUGGGGAUUUUCCUAGACACAUGGACAUAGAAAUAAUUGCAAAUGCUAUCACUGGAGAUGAAAAAUGUUAUGUCAGAACUGUAUGUUUUCCUCAAACUUUAGAUUAGCCUGCUUCAGCCUAGUGUACUCCAGAUGUGCUGGAGGGAUUCCCAGAAAGUAUAUGCUCCCAUUCCCUCUCUUGUGGGAGUAUAAAUGCAUACCACCUGUCUGAGAUUUCUGCCAGCUGUAGCAUUAAUAUGCCUACAGAAUAUCAAAUUAGUUAUUUUAUAACUGGGGAGGAGUCAUGUGGCACUCCAGAGGUUUUUAGAUUACAUAUCCCAGCAGCCCUGGACAGUACAGCCAAUGGUGAGGAGUGAGUGUGAGGAACUGCAGUCAAACAACAUCAUGAAGGCUGUAAGAUUUCUACUUUUGCUUUAGAUUAACACAUAUCUUCAAUUUUGCUUUUCAAUCCUAUCUUGGUUCUGUAUCAAAUAGCUGACUAAAAUCUGCCAACCAUGUCAGCAUCUGCCAAAUGAGAGAGCAGAAAUCAUUUCCCAAGAAAUGUAUUAUUUUUUUGUUUUUGUUUUCAGUCUUGGACUCGGGAGAAAUUAACUGUCCAUAUCUCUCCAGUGUAAUUUGGUGUACUGCCAAUAUUUCUGUAUCAGCUGGGAUGUGCUGCCAUUUUAUGCAAGUGAAUGAUUAGCACUAUUAGAUAAUCAAGCAGCAGAAGUCAGCAAUGUUGAACAGAGACAGCAUGCUAAAAGCAUUCUAGUCCACAAACAACACAGAUCAUGUCAUAAUAAAUAAGCAGUAUGCAUGACAAAAGAUGUUGGGAUCCAGCAUGGUUUGAGCAUUGAACUACACAGAAUUUGAAUUCCCACGAAUAGGCCAUGGGAAUUCAAUGAAUAACCUCUCAGCUUCAGAGAAAGGCAAAGGCAAAUCAUUUCUGAACAAAUUGUGGCAUGAAGAUCCAGUGAAAGGUUUCCCUUAGGGUGGCCAUAAGUCAGAAACCACUGAAAGACGCACAACAGUGAACAAACAAUAAGGGUUUUACUAACAUGUGUAUGCUCAAUAUCACAGCACUUAAUGGGAUUGCUUAGGCUUGUUCCAAAAAUGUUAGUUCAGGAUGUGUCAGCACUGUUCACAGAAACCUUGGCAUUGGCUGCAGAACAAUUAAUAGCUGCAUGUCAAGCAUCCAUUUAUUGCAAUAGUUAUGAGUGAACUUUGAGGGUGACAAUUGGAAGCCAAUACUUUCCCAAGGUAGGGCAAGGAAUCUUGGCAGCAACAAGGAAAGAUUCAUAGAGCAAUGGUUUCAUAGUGGGAGAAAUACAGCCAUUGCUAGGUUUUCAGCUUUGUAACAGAAAAUGUGAAAUGAAAUUUCUUAGAAUAUUCACACUCAAGUGCAGUCAUGAGUAGGAGCUUUGGGCAGUUGAAGCUAAUACAGGCCUUCAGAAUUAAAGCAGUUUCACAAUACAUUAACUGCCAUGGUUUAAUGCAAUGGGGUUCUGGGAUUUGUAAUUUUGUGAAGUAUUUACUUUUCUCUAUCAGAUAGCAAUCUACAGAUCCCAGGAUUGCAUAGGACAGAGCCAGAACGGUUAAAGUGGUGUCAACCAGCUAUCAUUCCCUAACUCUUGGAAUAUUCACACUCAAGUGCAGGUCAUGAGUAGAAGCUUUGUGCCGUUGGAGUCAAUACAGGCCUUCAGAAUUAAGAACCAUGUUAGCCUGAAGAGAAAGAGCAGGAAACCUUAGGCCCUGUUCUUUUCUACUUAAGUCAAUUGAAAUAAAACUGGUUUAUAAACCAGUUUUAUUUCAAUUGACUUAAGUAGAAAAGAACAGCCUGAAAAUGAAGCACUUUGAUUUAUACCAAAUCCUCAGUACGGUAGUUUUUAAGGAAAUUCUAAUGAUGUGGCUAGCAUGUGGUUUUUUCGCCACUGUGGCUUAUGCUGGUUUGUGAAUUUAGUUUUCAAAAAACGAAAAAGAAACAUCUCAUAAUUAGUCAAGUAGAAAAGAUUGUAACACUAUCAAAUAAUGCCAUAUUACUGACUACUACAGGGUCUAGUUCAUUUUAACCAAAGCAUGGAGAAGUUACUUUGAGUACAAUAGCACCCUUAACCACCAUUAGCAUGACAAGAAAUAAAAAAUAUGCUCUGAUUUAGUAUCACCAGUUAUACAAUUCAUAGUUGCUUAAAAGCAAAAGCAAGUUUCUCCAUGUACUGCAGCCAAUUCUGAGGAACCAAAGUAAAAGAUCUCCAUUCUCUCCCCGAAUUCAGACUGCGCUCCUUUAAAAUAUUAGCACUUUCCCCCCACUUUUAGAUGGCUUUUGCGUUCACUUUGUGAUGUCCUGUUAUAUUUAGAAUUCUUGUUUUCACAAAUAUUGCAUGUAUUUGCAGCCAUAUACUCUUUGUAUUUGUAUGUGUACAGAAGUACGUGUGAAGUUGCUUUCACUCAUAAGGUUUGAGGAGGAAUAGCUCAAGACUUGACAUUGCUACACAAUUAUUCCCCAACAGAAUUGCUCGAUGAACAAUAGCUGGUUGAUUGGCUUCUUAGUUUCAUUACUUCAUUGUUGGUUUUGGCCUUAUAUGGUGUCUUAGUCAUGGAACUGAGUGGUGCUUGUUCUUUAUCAGAGUCUCAAUUACAGUUGUUAUUGCACUUCAGUACUAAACAUGUUUAUACACAAGUUUGACACAUCAGACAGCCACAAUUUAAAUUUUACGUACAAGUCACUUCAUUUUAUGACUGGUGUUUAAUUCCUUCUUAAAAAAAGAAUCUUCACAGAAAGCAUAUUGAACCAUUAUGUCUACUGCAUUUUAAAUGAAAUUUGACUGUAGAUGGGGAUGUGCAAAGUAGAAGCAAGCAGAUAGCAUGUUUACAUAUAUCUUAAUUCUGCAUUAAAACAAGAUUAUUUAUUUCAGGAAUAAUGUGGCAGAAUUUCUGAAAUCCUCUUGAAACCUUUCAUGACAUACCAAUUACUGUACAAAUCCAGAUUUUAUGAUAUUCAAAUCACUGUACAAAUCCAGAUCUUGAUUUAAUUGUAGCAUAUGACUUUUGAAGACACUGUACAUACUGUUAGCAUGAUGACUGAUUCAACUGUCUUGCAAAAUGUUAAUUUAUUGCAUAUAUUUGGUGAAUUAAGUUGUACUCUGGCUGUCCUUCCUUCCCUCUUCCUCCCCCCCCCCCUUUUUUUUUUUUUUUUUAGAAAGCAAUGGCUCUCAGGCACUGUGGGAAAAUCUGUUUAAAAGUCUACUGAACAGUCCAUUUGCACUGAAUGGAAAACUUGUCUCUCUGUAUGUAACAUAAAUUGUAAUCAAACCACUUUCAUUUUGUGUUUUUGAAAAUAUAAAUGUAUGAGCAUAUUUUACUGUACUCUGUACAUUUCAUACAGUCAUGACUGUCCCAAGCAGCCACAGAUUUUUUUAAAAUAAAUUUUACAAAUUGG